CAUUCGCCGCCUAUUCAAGCGAACGCUUCUGGCCCCGAUGAGAAUCGUGAAAAUUUUUUUAUCAAAACACAAACGAGAGGAAAAUUAGGAUAAAUCCGAGGAGAUAAAUCGCGAGUUUUCAAAGGUGACAACCCCCCGCGGUUCGACGAAUCCCGGUGCCCGGAUACCCGCUCAUCCGCCGUCAUGACGAACGAACGGACCACCUCGAUUCUGGGACUUUAAAAUAUCCACCGGUUUUUCCGAGCGCGGCAAAAGAGAAAAAAACAAAAAAAACAAAAACAACAACCCGAACAUGACGACGCACGUGUCGAUUCGCUCGUCCCACGUCGGAUGAAACUCUCGGUUCUUCGAGAUACCGGGAGAAAAACCGCGUUAAAUUCCACGACGUGAAUAAGUGACCGAACGUGGACGUGGUCCGGAACAAAUUAGCGGGAUAAUCCGGGAGUAACUUCUGUAACAGCUGCAGCGAUUGGAUCAACCGUAAACUUUUAACGUCGUUAGACCAGCGGUCGAACUCGACGCGUAAAACAGGUAGUGGAAAAAUCCAGGGAAAAAGGUGGAGGUAAUCGUGCUUUUGACCGUGAACAACAAUAGCGAUGGUAGUAAAAAAUUUCCAGGUGAUGUACGUCAUGAAUAUGUGCGCGUGAAUAACGUUCCGCGAGAAGCUGGAGCUUUUUUCUCGUUCGUUUUCAACUCGUCUCCUCGUUCACGUUACAUCGAACAACCGGCGCGAACAAAACUUUUGGCAAUUAAAAAGACGUCAGUUCGUCGGUUAAACGAUGGCCGGAGACGCGUAACACUCGAUAAGCAGAGUGAGGAGGAGGAGAAAAAUAAAAAAAAACAGAAGAAGUGGAGAAAGUGAGGAGGGAAAGAAAAGUUGGUAGGAAGGAGGAGAAGAUAAGAACGAAGGUUGUAAGAGACUCUAAGUAAGUUGAGGAUCGUGGAGAGAGAUUGAGGGGCUACAGCUGGCUCCGAACGACUUGUCGACGGUUUUUUAUACACGCUCAAAGUUUCGCGCCAAUUUUAUCCCUGUUUACCGGAAAACUCUCCCGCGGGGUUUUGUUAUAUACACUCUCUUGAAAAACGUUUCGCCACAGAGUUUUCAAAACGAGGAUUGUGUACUUUGCUAAUACCCGAUGUAAGCGUAACUCGUUAAAUGCUUCCCAAAGUUUCGUCACAUUUUUUCAAAGUGGGUGUGAGAGCUUGUUCAACGGUAACAACCGUGUUUUUUUAAUUCGACCAAGUGCGAAUUUAAAAGAGGGAAAUAAUAUGACGACGACAGUGGCGGGAUUAGAUCGUUGAGGCUCACCACAGAAUAAAUAAGAAAACUGUCCACCGAACGUCUGUGGGAAUAUCAAAUCUUCGCCAUUGAAGUGAAACGGGAGGGAGAGAAAAGAAGAAAAAAAAAAGUAACGAAAUCGAAUUGAAAGAGAGCGUCGGAGGAGAAUAGUGUUGUGGUAAUAUGGCGGUCUGCACCGAAGGAUCACUUUCGAGGAUGUUCCUGGGCUCCCUCGUGAUUCUGCAAGGGCUUAUAGUGCUGACGCACGCUUUGGCAGCGGACGAGAAUCAACUGGACACUCAGGAAGGAGCGACGGUAUACUUACAGUGUCGUUUCCCCCCUCCGAGUCAAAAAGCGACGUAUUUUUGGCUACGGCACGCGCACGACCAGCACGACAACGUUGCCGUGGGUGAAAAUUCGUUAGCAACCGAUUACGAACUGUUCGACAAGCCCGAGGAGGGCAAAUACGACCUCAAGAUAACGAACGUUUCCUACGAACGUGACAACGGGAAGUUCGAGUGUCGCGUAAAACUCGGAGGUUCCGGUACCGACCUGCACUACGAGAUCACGACUCUGACGGUUCUCAGGGCGCCCGGGCCUCCCACGAUCUCUCCAACCUCGACACCGGCAACGGAAGGAAAGCGUCUGGAACUUCAGUGCAACACGAAGGGCGGCAGUCCCGAACCGCAAGUGACGUGGUACCGCGGCGGAAGUUCGACACCGCUUCACGAGGGUCGGACGUUCGCAGUUACGCCGUCGAAGGAGGACGACCGCGCGAAUUACCGCUGCGUCGUCUGGAACCGAGCGAUGCCAAAGGGUCAAACUUUGGACGCCACGGUAACCCUGAACGUCAAUUACUACCCCAGGGUAACGGUGGGACCCGAAAAUCCGCUGAAGGUCGAAGCGAACGUAACGGCGACUCUGGUCUGCACGGUGGACUCGAAACCGAGCGUCGGUUCCGUCAGAUGGAUGCGAGACGGAAGUUUCAUAGCUACCGCGUUCCGACACGCCAUACCAAAGGUGACUCUUCAGGACGCCGGAACGUACACCUGCCACGCGGACAACGGGCUCGAACGAAAGGGCGAGAGAUCACUGACUCUCGACGUUCUCUACCCGCCGACGGUUACCAUCGAAGGGCCUUCCAUUCGCGAAGCUCAAGUCGAGGACACGCUCACCGUGCACUGCAACGUCACCGCGAAUCCGCCGCCGUCCAGCAUCGAGUGGUCGAGGGAAGGUCGUCCGGAAUUUCGCCAGUCGGGAAACAUACUCCGACUUUCCAGAGUGACCGCCGACCACGCGGGAAAUUACACCUGCCGAGCCGUCAACACCAUUCAUCCGACCGGCGCUGAAUCCAGGGAGCAUUUCGCCUCGGCGUCCGUCAUAAUUCGCGUGCGACACAUGCCGGGCCCGGCGAGAGUCACUCCCGACUCACCGGUAGCAGCCGAAGGCUCCAGGGUGAUUCUCACCUGCAUGGCCAUACCCGCCGGAUGGCCGGAGUCGACGUACAAGUGGUGGAAAGAGGGGGAAAACACGCGGGGUGUUUCCGGCGAAUUUUUCGGAUCCAAGUACGUCAUCGAUUCGGUGCACCUCGGCAGCGAGGGAACUUACAAGUGUCUCGCUAUGAACGAGAUCGGGAACGGAGAACCCGCCUCCGUGAAACUCACCGUACAUCAACCGCCGAAAUUCACCAUCAAACUGCAGCCCCACGUGACGAGGAAAGUGGGUGAAUCGUCGUUCAAAGCUACGUGCACGGCCCAAGGUAAACCGAAGCCGAUAGUCCGUUGGCUGAAGGACGACGAAGAACUGACCGCGGGAGCCGGACUUUACGAAGUCAGCACGGAGUCGACGGAAAUCAGGAGUAACGUGACGUCGGUUCAAUCGACAUUGGGUUUCGUCGGUCGUUCCCGUCCCCAGAGCGACGAGAUAAUACCCGGUGACCGCGGCAAGUACACUUGCGUAUUCGAGAACGACGUCAAGAAAGUAGAAUCCACGAUGAUGCUGAAGGUCGAGCACGCUCCAAUCGCGGUUCAUCAGCACGGCAAGGUUGCCUACAACUUGAAACAGACCGCCGAAAUAGCGUGCAAAGUCCAAGCCUGGCCCAAACCGGAAUUCCAAUGGAGUUUCGGUACGAACACCGCGCCCCUACAGAUGUCGAGCGACGGCCACUACGACAUCUCGACCACGUCCGAUAACUACGACGUUUACACGUCGAUCCUCAAAAUGCCGGACAUCAGGGAGCGCGACUACGGCGAGUACAGUUGUCGCGUUGCCAAUGGAUUGGGAACCAUUACCUCCACUAUUCGUCUUCAACCGAAAGGAGCUCCCGAGAAACCGACGAACAUAAAAGCCAUCGACAUGGGUCCCUCCCACGUCGCUCUCCUCUGGGAUCCAGGCUUCGACGGUGGAUUGCCGAACACCAAGUAUUUCGUUUCUUACCGGAGAGCAGCCGGCGGCGAUGAAGUAGUCGCACCCGACUGCGCCGCGCCGAGGGGACCAGCCGGACAGUGGCUGGAAUUCGACUGCCGCAGUUCGAAUCCUUGCAACGUCACCAGUCUCGAUCAGCACCAAACUUACUCGUUCAAGGUCAAGGCCUACAACACCAAAGGACACAGCGACUACUCGGAUGACGUGAGCGCUACCACGGCGGUGGCGAAGAUUCCCGCGCCUCAAAGGGUCAGCUACGACCCCGAAGCCGGAUCUCUGGCCAUCAACGUCGGACCGACUUGUCUGGCGCUCGUAGCCGCGGUCGAAAAAUCUGAGGGAUCCGACAACACUUGGAGACUGGUCGACGUCUGGCAACUCGAGGUGCUCGGAAGUGUCGCGACGCAAAGAGAGGGCAGCUUGGAUCUGGAGACCAGCAAUCCGGAGCCUCGCAUCAGGGUGAGAUUGUGCCUGAAGGCCGAUCACCAGAAAUGCGGAGAGUACACCGACGCGGAAAUUGGUCCGUCUUACAUCGCUCAGUCCGGUGCCCUGGCAACGCCGACUUUGAUCGCUCUGGUCGUCAGCGGUGCCGUUUUCCUGUUAUUCGCAGCUCUUCUCUUGCUGUUUUGUAGAUGCCGGAGAAAGCACGCUGCAAAGGCUAAGGAUUACGAGAUGGACUCCAACGCGGUAAGGCCCAGUCUCGUCGCUGGAAAUGGUCAGCAAACUCAAGCACCGCCCCCCUAUUACGCUGAAAACAAAGCUCUCGAACACAGUCUGGACCUCGCCUUGGCCCUCGAAGACCCAAAAAGUCCCGCCUACGCUCAACCGGGUUACGGGUACCACCAACCGAACCACAACAUUAACGGUGAGAAUGGUGUUAACAUGGGCUACAUGGACAACAGCUACUCUAAUUCGAAUAAUGGAGGAUCAGUCAAUUCCCAAGACUCCCUGUGGCAGAUGAAACUCGCCGCUGCUAAUGGUGGCAAUCCGCCCUACGACCCAAUGCAGCAUGGAGGAUAUGGAGCGGCGGAUCCGGACUACGCUACUUACCCUCACUUAACGCAACACGAAGAUUACAGGGAAAGCUAUAACCCCAGCCGCCAGGAAUUCUGCCCCGAUCCGUACGCCGCGGUUGUCAAAUCCAAGAAACAUAUGGAUUCUCCCUACCACGAUGUGUCUGGUCUGCCAGACCCGUACCUCGAGGGUCUCGACGAGGACACGAAACCACCGCAGCACGUAUCUCUCUCGUACGACGAGAGUCUAGAGUCCGGUUACUCGACCCCCAACAGCCGCGGACGUAGAGUGAUCAGGGAAAUAAUCGUCUGAGGACAACCUACUGGCCCGCGUAAGCCGCGGACCACCUGGCUAUAGCAGCGGGCCCCGCAUCCCCAUCAGCUCCACCUCCACCCCCAGCAGCAGCAACCCCCGAAUCACCACCAGAUGGAGAUAGUCAUCGAGAAUCCGUCGGAACACGGGGUGCCCCGUAACCCGCGCGGUAUUCCUUCGGCGGAAUAUUUCGCCAGUUUGGCUAACCAGAGGCUGCAGCUAUCCGGGUCCGAGAUGACCAUCGACUCAACACCGGUGCGUCGUGUUGAUCGUUCGGGGCUGUUGGCGAUGCCGUCGCCGAAUCAACGGCAGCAUACAACGAACGGUUGUAACGCGGAGGACGUUGUUCAAAAUUCGUGUCUCGGUACGCUUCGACGUAUCGAUCGUUCGGGUCUUCUCGAACCCGUUUCCGAGGUACCGGAUCACAUAGCCUACGCGAAAUCGAGACUUCUCGACGUAAAACCGAUGGCGAACGAAGAACGGCAUCUCACCGGAGCCGAAAUCGUCCAAUCGUCCGACGGUCCCUCGUCCUUGAGCUCGUCCGACGUCACGACGGCUUCUUCCUGCGGUCGUCACACACCUCGCACUAUUCAGAACGCAGACUCCCAGUCCGUCCGUUUCUUUCGGAGGGGGAGCUACGACCCCCCGUCUCAAACGCAUCAGGACGGCGUGACCGUCGAGAAGUCGAAGGAUCAUCAGAGUCAAACGGGCGCGGGGUGUUUCGGAACUCUGUCCCGAGUCAAGCAGGGAACUCAGAAUCAGGGGGUCGGGGACAACGGCGGCGGCGGGGUCGCGAGAACAAGACCGAAAACUUGCGCCGAUUUCGGCAACGGCGCCGGUUUGCACCACGUCGAACAAAUGGUGGCGAGGUUCAGUCCCAACAGAACGCCCACGCCGACGGAGGGCGGGAUAAACGGAUGCGGGGAUCGACUCAAGGCAAAACCGGACGGACUCGCGGGACGACUCAGUCCGAGACCGAGAAACGACAGAGUUUCGUCACCCGCGGCUCUUUCGAUACCCGAUGUUAUCGAGGCUCACGAACCACCCCCCUCCUCCAACAACGCGAGGUCCUCUUCGGGAACGGACGACCCGGUGCCGGAAGGAGAACGAGCGGAGGCCGAAGGGUGCGAGCACACGGCUAUCGAGAGCCUCGAGGAAGCCAGAGUGUCGUUUAAAACGCCGAAAAAAAUGGUGCACAAUGAUAAUAUCCAAACGUUAAGAGUUAUCAUAUUGUCAGAGCAAUUGUGAUCCGACGAACUUCGAUUCUAGAUCAAAUGAAUAACUGAAUGAACUUUUGAGUAACGAAACGCGCGAGGGAUAUUAACGCGCGUAUGACGAAGUGAAAGUUUACCUGAAAAAAGAAAAAAAGAAAAAAAAAAUAUCUGAAAAAUCUGAAACUAAUAAUAAAUAUAAAAAAUAAUCGACGAACUCAUCCGCGAAAUUCGGGAAUGUGAUAUUGAACUUUUGGGAAAAAAAUAAAGCUGGUGGAGUUGGUUGAAAUAUACAACGCGACUGAAUGUGGUGUAGCACAGUGACGUAGAUUUAGACGAUCGGUUGAAUUACGUUCGAUCGAUUGUUCACAAUAUCUAUAUAGAAAUUACGCGAAAGACUGCCAAAGCAGAGACGACACGUUACGUUUCGACGUAUUUUACAAAUUCGCAUUUUUAUUUUUUGCUUUUUUUUUUUUCGUUUUGUUUUUUGUUUUUCGUUAUCGAAACAAAUAAUAUGGAUGAUCGGUAUUUUGUUGCGGUGCUGACUUCUGAUCCGACGAUCUUUCAUGCUGCCUCCUUUCAUUGAACCAUCUCAUAAAAAUCAAAUCUGUCGUUUAACGAGGUGAAAAAAGACGUGCCUUUAAUCCACGACUGCGUAACGAUGCAGCAUGUACUUUGUCCAAAGCCUGAAUUCGAGCUAGUCGCGGACUAAACGGACCGAAACGUCGUUUCAUUAACCGUCGUAAAGUAGCAAUUGAAUUUUGCUCACACGUAAAACAAUUUCUUAUCGCGAUUUUCCUCGAGAAAAUUUCUAUUCCCAGUUUUCCAUCCUGCCUGAUCUAAAGUUCUAGUUCCCACGAAGAGUUCCAAGCGCAUUAUAAUGCGGGUUCUGUAGGGCAGGCGCGUGCCCGUGGGACGCUCCUCCGACUUUCUACAUGAAACGUAAGAGUCGCGUUGAUGGUUUUAAAGUAUAAAACUUUUGUUGACAAAACUGACAGUUUUCCCCAAAUAAAUUAACCGCGACGAUAAUAAUAAGCGAAAGAUAAAGUCAAGUUGAAUUUUGGUUGGAGUGGACGAGGUUCUUCGACUCCACCCAAAAUUUCAGUUCCUUGUCAAAACUUUCGGUCGUUUUUCUCAUGUUUUUCGUCUCAACUUCCGGAAGGAGUGUGACCGAGUAGUCGGAGAUAUUUUAUUUGGAAUUCAGCAGCCGCAACGACCCGAGAAUCCAGUGUAUUUUAUACUUUUAUAUCGUGAGCGAAGAAGCUGUGAGACUCUGAUCGCGAGGUUAUCAAAAACGAAUGAUUGUCGUGAUCCCGUAUAAUAUACAUAUACAUAUUAUAUAUAUAUAUAUAGAGAGAAAGAGAGAGAAAGGUGAAGAACGAAUGAACGAGAAUGUGCAUGAUUGGAGAAAAAAAAAAAAAAAAUUCUAUUUAUCAAUGUGAAGUACGUGAUUACGAUGUGACUCUAAGCAAUAUAAUGUUUAUAUCAUAUAUUAUUAUAUAGUAUAUAAAUACUGAUGAUACAUAUAAAUACGCAUACCUAUAAAUAAUAACUUUACGAUUAUUGUCUAUACGAUUAAAUUUUACGAAGAUGAACGAAGUGUUACGAAUAACCGCCGCUUGUAAUCAAGAGGACAGAUGAUUAUAUUGCGAUAUCAAUUCUCUUAGCCUGCAGAUCAUUAAAUAAAUCGAGGAGGAAGUAUGCAUAGAUACCAACUACACGAGAGACAGAUCAUCACGAUUAUUAACAAUAUCAAAGGAGAAGAAAUAAAGCCCGUAAUAACUCAGAGCCGAUGCGACAAACCCUCUUUUCGACCCUUGACCUCUGCACUUAAGAAACAUUUUCCGAGCCAAAAAUGACUCCGAAUGCAUUUAAGAUUGACUAAUUAUUAAUUAUCUCUCGAAGUAUUCAAUGUAAAUAAUAGUUCGUAAAUAACUGAUUAAAAGAAAAAAAAGAAAAAAAAAAAUUCGGAAAAAAAAAAGAAUAAGGUUUAAGGUACUUAAUAGUUAAGGCUCAAUGUGUUCUUAAAAUGUAUACUUAAUCUAAUAGAUGAUGAUCGUUUUUGCCAUUGUCCAAUUGUGUCUGUCUGUCGUGUAAAAAAAAAAAAAAAUUAAUUAAUUAAUUAUUACGAGUAAAAAUAUCUAUCUUUUGUCUGUCCGUGUGCCUGAUACGCGCGUCGCUCCGGUUCCGAGAUUAACGCGUGGCAAAUUUUUUCAAAAUUUAUUCAUGAAUCUCACAUCUGAGUUCUGUUCUCGCUUGUUUUUUCCCCCUCCCCCGGAAUGUGACCCGUUUUUUCACGAAUAUUGCGAGAAUUUUUUCAGAUCAUUUUUUUUUUAAUUUAUUUGCAUGUGAAAUUUAGUAAUUUAAAUAUUUUAAACUAGCUUUCAUCCUCUGAAAAUAUGAUAUCGUAAUUUUUUUUUUCUCUCGUCGAUCCCUCCGUUUUAUCGAACAAAUCUCGUUAUAAAUAAUGAACGGGGGUACAAAUUGCCGCCGUUAUUUAUAUUAAGACGACGUAAGGAACAAAUAUAGGGAAACUCGGAAUAAGAAAGGUAACUUUUUCGAGCUCGUGAUGAUCUCAUAUAAUAUAAAAUGAUAAUUACCCUAAUUCUCGCUUACCUGCGAGAGUCAAAUUUUUUAUAUAAUGACGCACGGAGAUUGAUCUUGUAAAUCGCAAACUGACUAUACAUAUAUGUAUAAAUUAUAUAUAUAUAUUACUUACACACCCGUAUAGAUAUAUCGUGCGGUAAAGAUUAUUAUUGUUAUUAUUUUUUCAAACAAUUACUAGAAAACAAUAUUGGCUUAAAAUACUUAAAAGAAAAGGGAACGUAGAAAAGAAUUAUAUAUAGGCGAAAAAAAAAAAAAUAAAUAAAUAAAAAAUGGAGGAAAAAUAUAAGAGAAAAACUACCUAUACAAUAUUAAUUCACGCACAUGCAUCGUAGUAGCCGUAUAUUUCGAAUUUUUCACGUUCUGUAAUAUGUCUAUUUGAAACACUCUUGUACCUACUAUUAUCGUAGAUAUAUCCCGAUAAGUCGAUACCCCAUCCGACCCAAGACCAGACCCGAUAUCCAAUGAUUCCCACCAAAAGAAAAAUAUAAAAAUAAAACUAAUGAAAUGAAUAAAUGAAUCUCCCCGUGCAUAAGAUGAUCGUAAUAGAGAUUUUCAAAUUUACCUACGUAUAUACGCAUAUUUUAUCUACUAUUAUAUAAUUGUACACAACACAACAAAUAUGAGGGGCUGAAUUAUUGCCGGCGUAAGUCAUCCGGUCUAAUUAAAAUUAAAAAUAUAUUAUAUAUAUAUACAUAUAAUUUUAUCAAUUAUUACGAAAACGAAAAAGGAGAACCUGUAUUAUAAUAGAUAUAAUUGACCUUAAAACACACAAAAAAAAAAAAAGAAAGGAAAGAAUUAAAGUGUAAGUAAAUCGUGUGUAUACCGUACGAAUGCGAAGAAGGAACGAAUGAAUUGUACUGUAAAUCGAAUGACUGGAUAGGACGAUUUAAAUAUGGUGUACAUCUAAUUUUAUAAUUAGCCGAACAACAAUCUCUCGUGUAAAAACUUAUUUACUCGAAGUAUGUAUAUUAUUUAUUUAGGUAUAUUGAGAAAUAAUACGAUGGAUUUUAAUUAUACCAAGCAGAUAAUUGUAAUUCGGGCUAUAUAUGCAGUCGUUUGAA